AUGUCGCAAACGGUGAAUCUCGUCGUCGCCAACAACGUUGGUUAUGUAAUUCCAGAAGGCAAGUGUUUCCCGUGUUCACGUGUUUAUGGAAAAACAACUGCUGUGUUUUCAUGCCCUUCUAUAGGUCGUCAUAGAAUUCGUUCCCAUGUAAAAAUAGGAGGACUAAAGCCUGGUUCUUUGGCUGCAUCUUUUGUUUGUGAAGCAAGUAAGAACCCGUAUUUCUCGAGACAAAACAACAACAGGAACGUGCCAUCCAGAGACAGAAAUAGGAACAAUGAUGGAAGAGAUAUCUUUGAGAAUUUUGAAGAAGAUAUGUUAUCUUCAAAAAAUGGAUCUUUGGAAUCGGUUUCUUCAGGAAAGUUCCAGGCCACUUCAUCCCCAGGCGCUAAAGAGAGAGAGAUUGUUGAGUUGUUUAAGAAGGUUCAGGCUCAUCUACGUGACAGGGCCUCCUCUGUUAAAGAAGAAAAGAAAAUUGAAUCACCCCAUCGACAUGUUAAAGAAAAAAGUGAAAAUGAUGCUGUGGAUUCCCUUCUUAAACUCCUGAGAAAACACUCGGUUCAGCAAGCAAAGAAAAGCAGCGGAGAAGACAAUGGAGAAGACCAUAACUCUGACCAGUUGCAAGAAAGUAAUCAAUACGAUGGAGUACAGAGCACUAAUUCUUUUGAUUCAAACAAUUCUCCAAAGGACGAGUCUCGAGAUGCCAACGUUGCUUCUGUGACAAGACCUCGGUCAGUUUUCAAAAAAAAGUCUCCUGUUCCACGCGUAAAUGUAGAGCCAAUAGUUCGUGAAGAUAAUGUCAACAAUCGACAUCAAAUAGAUUUGAAACCUGAGGAUGAGCCAGAGCCCGAACCAGAACCUAAGUCUGAAAUUGAUCUUGAUACAAAGGAUGAGCUGUUCUUCCCAGAACUGUCGGAGGAUGAUUCUCAUGAUGCUGAACUGACCUUUAAUGAUGAGAGUGUGGAGGAGGAACUAGAUGUUCAAACUGAGGAUUUAAGUGCAUUGAAGUUGUCAGAAUUGAGAGCAAUCGCAAAAUCUCGUGGCCUAAAAGGGUACACAAAAAUGAAGAAGGUCGAUCUCAUAGAGCUACUAAUUGAGAACUGA